AGACGAUCCGCUGCCGAAAUUAUUUAGGCUAUAGACGUUGCGUUAUUCUGCAGAAACGUACACCUGCGACACGCAUAGUCCGACUGCUGACACGGGCAUCGCAGGCCAUGGAAGAGAAGCCACUGAAUGCCGCAAACAACGCCACCGAGGUUGCGGAGCCCAGCGCUCCCGUUGAGACCAACAACGGUGACGCAGGCCAGCCUGCUGCGCCUGAUGACCGCAAGGUCGCGCAGCGAUCGCGUCUGAACUCCGUACCGGCGAGUCGUCGCAAGACCAAAAGGCGGAGCAAGUCGCCCCUCGAGACGGACCGUGUCGGGACUAUGAGCAAGCAGGACGUGCAGAUGGAUAAGGAGGAGAAAGGGCUUCUUUGUAGAACAAGUUUACCCCAGUCUUUGGAGUCGCCCAUGGAGACGUCCAAGUCAACAGCCGAGCCAACCAGAGAGGGAACCCCGACUCAGAGUCCGGUGCAAGCGGCUACAGUGCCGCAGCCUUCUGCGGCGCCAGAGCCCACGGCCGCGGCCGCCACCUCUUCCGAGCCGCAAGAGCAGGUUGAGAAACCUGACGAUGUCCGGGACGAAAAAGGUACGUCACCGUCGGGUCCUGCGAGCGACCGCGUGCAAGUUCGCAUCUCGGUACCCACCUCGUCCAUCCGGCACAUCAUGCUCCCAGGUGCAGACACUACGGUGCACUCGGCCACCGGCACGCUGGCGCACCUCGCCUGCCUAGUGCUGGCCAUCCUGACUUUCCUCGUGUCCCUCGACGUGCUCAGCUCGGCCUUCAAGCUGAUCAGCGGUCGCGCGGCAGGCCGCGCCUUCACCAACAGCAGCGUGUUGCGCAAUCCCGUGGUGGCCCUCAUGAUCGGCGUCCUGGUCACCGUCAUGGUGCAGAGCUCCUCCUCGUCAACCUCUAUCACCGUCUCCAUGGUUGGCUCUAACCUGCUGUCGGUGCGUAAUGCGGUGCCCAUCAUAAUGGGCGCCAACGUGGGCACCUCGGUGACCAACACCAUGAUCUCGCUGAUGCACGUCAAGCGUCGCGACGAGUUCCGCCGGGGAUUCGCCGCCGCCACCGUGCACGACAUCUUCAACUGGCUCACCGUGCUCGUCCUGCUGCCCAUAGAAGUGGCAUUCAACAUGCUCGAGAAACUCGCCGACUCGUUUGUGCACAUCGUCGACCGAGGCCAGCGACUGGAGACGUCAAACUACCUGAACGCCCUGACCAAGCCCUUCGCCAAACUUAUUGUUCAGCUCGACAGCAACGUCAUAAAAGACAUCGCCUUGGGCAAGGACAACAAUGGUACCGUCCUGAAGCAAUGCUGCCAGAAAAACGGCACUGAAUGUGUCGCCAAAUGCACGGCGCUGUUCAACUGGUUGAACAUGAGUGACGCGGCGACGGGAGCGUGUUGCUUCGCUCUUUCCGUGCUGACCAUCCUGCUCUGUUUCUUCGUCAUGGUCAAGGUGCUCACGGGACUCACGCAGAGCCACGUUGUCAAGGUGCUGACGGUGUGCGUGAACCGCGAGUACACUUUCCCGGCGUCGAUGCUGGUCGGCUACCUGUGCCUUCUGCUGGGCUGCCUGAUAACGUUCGUGUUCCAGAGCAGCUCGGCGUUCACGUCGGCGCUGUUGCCCUUCGCGGCGCUCGGCAUGCUCGACCUGGAGCGCGUGUAUCCGCUCACGCUGGGCUCCAACGUGGGCACCACGGCCACGGGGCUCGUGGCUGCCCUGGCCGGCAGCCCCGUCACUCGGCAGAACGCGCUGCAGAUCGCCCUGUGCCACACAUUCUUCAACGUCAUCGGCAUCCUGCUCUUCUAUCCGGUGCCGUUCUUCAGAGUACCGCUGUUCAUCGCGCGACGGCUGGGCGAGACAGGCGCCAAGUACCGCUGGUUCGUGCUCUUCUACCUGCUGCUGAUGUUCUGCGUCUUUCCGCUGGUGGCGCUACUGCUGUCGCUGCUCGGCGACGUGCCGUUCAGCAUCAUCACGGUCGUCUUCAUAACCGGCGUAAUUGUCACGACGCUCAUCAACGUGCUCCAGGAUAAAUGGCCUGACCUGCUGCCUGUGCUGCUCCAAAGUUGGGACUUCCUGCCCCAGUGGAUGCACUCGCUGGCGCCCGUAGACCGCUUCUUCAAGCGCUACUUGGAGCGCGUGCCUUUCUGCCAGGUCUUCCUCAAUGAGAUGUCCUUCAUCUCCGAACCUCACGCGAACCUUCCCGUCGACGGUCUCAACGAUUCUCCGUAGAGGCGCCCCGUCCUGGUUGCGUGGGCGCACGUUUCUAGACCCACUCAGUGUGCGCAACCUGAUUUAAUAACAGCAGAUUGCUUAUCGUCGAAUGAUACGACAGGCACACAGUUCUUUUUUAAGUCGUCAUUACGGGGAAGGCUACACGCAAACACACGUUCAAACGCAGUAUAGGCGUGUGUUUGAAGGCUCCCUAGCCUCUACGUAAGUGUUAUGCCACUUCUUUCCGAGUCUCAUGCUAACGUGAGUCGACACUAGACGAAACGCUGGCAAAGUGGCUUGGAAAGACAUUUAUGCAUCGUAUUGUCCCUUCAUUCCACAGCUGCAAAAAGGAAAGCGAUUAUAGACGAAGUAAGCAGUCAAGACGAGUUACGUUCCACAAACACCCGCGGUUUUUUGGGCAUCCACUCUCGAUGCUUUCCCGUCGGGUUCGUGCAGCAGCUGUUUAAAUGAAGGCUUCACUAAGACACGAUA